AUGUCUUCCUCGCGACGUCCCGCGCCGCCGUCGGCUUCGACCUCGACCACCGCCCUCUCGUCGGCCGCUCUCCCGCCGCUCUCGGCGCUCUUCCUCAUCAACUUUGACGUCAAGGCCGGCUACACCAUCGUCUGGCAGCGCGCCGCGCCCGCCGUCGAGCUCGAGGGCCUCGUCGAGUACAAGUCGCUGCCCUCGGGCCUCCACACCGUCUCCAACGACCUCAUUUACUUUGUCCACGGCACCCAGCAUGCCGGCCUCAGCGCCUUUGUCAACGAGCCCACCGAGGAGGAGGAGCUGCGCAACGCGCGCAUGAUUGCCGUCGGCAUCCUCGUCCCGCUGAGCUACGGACGUCUGGGCCGAGCUUGGCGCCAUGCCGAGCACCUCAAAGACAUGGCAGCUAAACUUGCCAAGGACGCAUCGCAGACGAAGCUCCUCGAACAAUACUGGGACCAGCAUCAUGCUCCCGUCGACGGUGGCCCCAAGUCACCCGUGCCAAGUCUCCCUGCUUCGCCUGUUCAGGACCGCCGCGAACACAAGCGCAAUAGAUCUGCCUCUGAUGGCGCCGCCCUGUCUGCAGGGCCUUCUGAACAUAAACUUUCCACAUACCAUCCUGCCUGGAGUCUCGCGACCAUGCUCGACACCUUUGGGCCGCUCGUCUUUCCCAUAUAUCGCGCUGCCCUUUUGCGGAAGCGCAUCCUAAUUUCAUGCCACGCUCCUGUUCACCAGAUGUGUGAUUUUGUAUAUAAUCUCUCUGUUCUAUCAAACAUACCACUCUCCAUCGCCGACGAUCUCCCACCUUCUUCCACCUCGACACGUCUGCGACCUCUCUUCACAAUUGGCGUCCAUGAUAUUCCGUUCCUAGUCGAAGACCACAAGGCCGCCAAGCGCCAACGCCUUAAUCCGGAUGCAGACGACGAGUCCGGCUGCGGCUGGAUUGCCUGCACCACAGACAGCAUCCUUGCCGUCAAAGACACACUCUGGGACAUGCUCAUCACCAUCCCACUAGAGCAUACAACGGACGGGAACGAAAAGGCUUGGCCGCUGGUAGAGUGCCCGCGCGGCACACCCAUCAAGGCAACGCAACGUGAUCUGAGACGAUUCAGCGCCCUGCGCGCCGGUCUGGCGCAGUUGGCUGCCGCCGAGGAUCAAGACGCGCAGCGACCAGAUUCGAAUACCUCCGAUCCCUCACCCGCCAGGCUCUCCACAAGUCACUCGGCCCGUCUGGUACGGGAAGAGGACGACGAGUCCAUGGACCAGAUUGUGGAACCCCCGAGCUGGUCCGCCCUCGCCUACAACGGCUUCAUGUGGUGGGCGAGCGCCGGCGAGCAGAUUCGCUCCGAGGAGCAGGAGGAGGCCGCCCGCGACGCCGCUCUGCUCGCAGACCUCGGCAGCGGCAGCGGCAGCGGCCCCUCGAUGCACAUGCCGCAGUCGCCGUCUCGCACCGACCUGGCCCUCACCGACUCGAUUGCCUCGCUCACCCGUCACGACGCCUCCGCCGACGGUGACGCCACCAUUGAGCUCGCUAUAGUUGCCUACUUCCACCGCCUCACCACGCAAAUCGUCUCCGUGCUCGCCGACGUCGUCGAGAGCACCGACGAGGCGUAUCCGUCCGACGACCCGGAGCGGUACACUGACGAGGACGACGAGGAUGAGGCGGACCUCUUGCUGCCGGGCCAGGACAGCAAUCGCGACGCGGACGGCUCGGCGGACACGCAGCGGCAAGAGGAAGGGGUGCUGGAGACGAUCAAGGUCGACAGCCACGCCAUGGAGAGCAUGGGCCUCGACGUGUGGAGCGCGAGCGAUGCCGGCUUCGUGCGGGAUCUCGCGCAGCGCUACUUUGGGCGCGAUGCGACGAUAGAAGCCAAAGGCGUCGAAGUGUGUGGUGUGCGAGUGUGCUAG